UUUAUAUACUAUUCAAUUUGCGUUUCUACUGCUAAGUAGAAUCCAACUUAUUCGAGGAUUUAUUUCUAAAAUAAAUUUUAUGAGAAAAAACACGAAUUGACUCACCAGCUUUAUUCCCUCUACAUUUAUAUUAAAUUUUAAUUCAAGAGAAGUUAUGACGUGACAAUCCGCGCGACUCGCCAGCUUUUUUUCUCUGUAUUUAUGUUAAAUUUUAGUUUAAGAGAAGUUAUAGCAUGUACAGUCCGCGACGUAAAUACUUUUUUUUCAUUUCAUCCCGAGAUCACAGGUGACCGAGUGCUUUAUGUUCGCGACUUAUCGCUCUUAGUGCACAUUUUUUUCGUGACAUAUCUGUACUCUGUUAAUAUGCAGACUAUUCCUGGCAUUCAGUCACCUCGUCGCCAAGUUUUUUCGUCGUUCCCAUCUAAUUGUACGAGAAAUGGGAACAGCGGUGUCGCGACGCGCGACGGGCAUUUGCCGCCAGCAUUCACGGCAUUGUCCUUAAAAGCACUCUUUUUCUGCGGUCACUGACAGUUCUUUUUUUAUCCGUUUUCGUUGAACUUUUCCAUAGGGGGCAAACAGAGAUCAAAGUAUCAUCAUGGCAUAGUUCCGCUUAAAUUAAACUCAUUGCUUAACGUCCUUGGAAUGCCAUGCUAAUUAUUAAUUAUGGAGCAUCACUACACAAUAUUGAUUUGCAUACCGCAGUGGACAAUUUGCUAAAUAUAUAUUGAGAAGAGGAGUCAUCAAGAGGAAUUAUUUCUGUUAAUUAUUUCUCUUGCAUUGUAUUUAUCGCUAUCGAUCGUUCCAAAACAUUCAAAUGUCAAUAACUGACGAAUCAACAAUUGACGAAGUAAAUCAAAAAUAUUUCUAUUAUACGAAUGUUUAUCUAAUUAACAUCAUUAUUACUUUUGAUAAACAGUAAAAAUAACAAUAGAAAUAAAAAAGAAAAUAAAUUACUACCAAAUUGACGUACGGAAUUUAUCUACGACGUUCGCAUUAUUUUUAGAGCUGGUAUGUGAUCUCGUCACUUUCUCACCGUGAAAAUAUAUGAAAAUACGUUUCGUUCCACUCGUUGUUUCAAGCACUCGUCCACAUAUCGUCCGUCUACGUUAAAUUACAUUUCUCGUGAGCGUUACCCGAACGGAGAAUGGUACUAUACCCUACAUUUUCUCUGUCUAAUAUCGCGCUAUUUAUUCACGUACAUGUGCUCGCCUAUAUUCGACACUUCUUCGCGUUUGCCUAAGUUAGAAAUGUUUAUACAGUUCUUUUCCGUAAAGGUGGGCUGAUUCUAUGUAACUGUUUAAAAUACAAAUCAAUGUAAAUACAAAGAAAUUCGUAAGAAUAUAGAUGGUGCCUAAAAUACUGUUUUGCAACAUCGAAGAUAUCGAAGUAGUCAAAUAAAUGUAGGAGACAAAACGUAAAAAAAGAUGUUUAUUGAGAGAAGCAACACAAUGCUUUUGAAAUUAUGGGACUCUUGUAUGCAUUUAAAUAUUUAUGGUGCAGUCUUUAUAUGAUUCGACAACCAUCUUGUAUUCUCAUAUAAUUUAAUUAUUAUUUUACUCUCUGUAUUAUGGUUCUGAUGUUAUGAUUUCAAUUAUUAUUUCACGUUAUACCAGAACGGCCGUACAAACACAAUUUUUAAAACUAUUUUAUGAAACCAUUUUUUAACUAAAACAUUUUAUACCUAUAAAAAAAACAUAGAAUGUAAAAUAGUUUCUUGAAUUAUACAUAUUUCUGAAUGAUGGAAUCAUAAAUAGAGAUUUCAAAACCAUCAUUUUUAUCUAUUAUUUUAUAUUCUAUUUCUAAUCAUUUCAUUAAUAAAACUGCGCUCAGCAGAAAAGAACAGCUUAUUAAGAGUUUUACGCUAAUUGGAUUAUAUUUUUAGAUCUAGAGAAAUAGUUCAAUUUUAAUUUGAAAGUAUAAUUCAACCAGAGCGCAAAACGCUCACCAAGCUGCUUUUUCUGCUGAAUGCAGCCAUUACUAAAGUAAUAAACGUGUAAUUUUCCAAAAUUACAAGUAUUCGUCUUUCUGUUUCCAAAAGAUCUUUUUAUUUUUGCAUUAUUUCAUCAUGAAUGGCGAGGUAAACUAUUUGUGAACCUGAAAAUACGAAAUACAUAUGUACAUAUAUAUUCGUAUUCUCCCUCGUUUUGCAAGUUUCAUAGAAAUCGAAGGAAAAUGGGAAAUGUAUCGCGAGUAAUAAAACCAUCGGCGUGGCCUUGAAUGCAAACAGGUCUCCUCAUGCGAUACAAUUGUAACUAUCUGCGAGCGCAUCCGCUUCGACCGGUUGUCUCCACCUGUUAUUCUUCUCCACUGUUCAAUUAUUCAUUCGGGGUCGACGUGGAAUAAUAUUUAACGAUGGCGUUCACGCGCGUACAUUGUGUUUGUGUGCCCGUUUCGCGGGUGUGUUUACACGAAUGGCUCUAAUCUGGCUUUAUCGCGCGCGACGGAAGUGCCAUGAAAUGAACGCCGUAGUCCUCGCGACGUCGUCCGCGACAAUCGCGCCUCGAGGAAUCGGUCUGUCGUGAGUGCACCGGCUAAAAACGGCUCCAAGUUCCCGAAAGUUUCCGAUUUAACACGACACAGUGAAUUACGACGGACACAUCCCGUCGCGAAGGAUAAAUCCCGAUUUAUAGCAUUCCCAUCGACGGAAAGUUGAUGUCGAACUCGCGGAAAAAGUUUAAACUUUAUGACAGUUCCGGAAUAGUGGCCCUAGGGCCACCUUAAAAUUCGCUUAACUUUCGGAAUAGAGAGCGAGGGAUGUUCAGAAUUUUCGAACGUGAUAUGUAAUUGGUUUUAUCACGUCCGAUCGACUGCGCGUUAAGAGAAACUGCAGUUAGAGAAGAAUAAAGCCAUCGUUUUCUUCUCUCGCUAGGAUUUAUGCCACAGCUCCUUCGUAGUUCAUGUGUUCUUCUUACUUUCUUCCUGCAGUUUUAUUUAUCGUAGCUCGACAUUGUUCUUCGACGUUACCUUUUCCAGGACAAUGCAAUUGAUCGAUGAACGUGGCGAUUUCCGGGACACCCAGCAAAACCAAGCAGACUUUUCAGGACUUUGUUGAUUCAAUAUUUACUCGCAAAAUUGAAGAUGGACCUGAUUGGAAGUUACAUUAACCCUCCUGCGAUUGUAAACUUUGCUCUCGCGUCACGUUUGUCAUACUAAUCGACUUUAAUAAACAAUUAACUUUAGACAAAUCUAUAAUAUAUAUACAUAUACGUAUGUAAGGAACAACGUGGCAAAAUUCCCCUGGUGAGAAGAAGGCAGCGUAAUUUGCAGAAAUUUCAGAAAUUACAUUUCUAAUGUGUAGCUUAAAGAAUUCAUAGUUGAUAUAUGUAUAAAUAUUUUAAGUGAGUAUACAAAAAUUCACAUUUUUAUCAUAUUUCUCUAAUAUAUUUACCUGUUUCUUCUAUUCCAAUAUAUCAAUACUAUAUUUUCCUUCGACAAUAUAUUAAUUUAAUGUUGUGUUAAUUUAAUAAUCAAGCCAUUCAAAUAUAUCUUUAUAAAGUCCUUGAUAUUCGUUGUAUCUAAAUUUUUUAAGUACAAAUAAUUAUUAUAAUUAAUAAUGAACUUCGACAGGUGCUUCGUAGACAAAUUUUACUUUAUCAGCAAAGACUGCAUCGAAGAAUGCUUCCGAGAUCUUAUUAUUCAAUAACGUUGAUUUUCUCUUGAUCAUGGACUUGCGACCUUUGCCUUUUAAUCUGGAGAACAUAUUCAUCAAGAAGAAGAAGAAGAAAAAGAAGCGAAUAAUAAAACGAUAUAAGGGUCCAAAUUUACCUCUUUACAAAGCCAUGUGGCCAAUAAUUUACAUAGUUCGGGUGUUCGGUUACUCUCCUUACGAUUUCUCGCAGGAUCGCUUGGUACCGUCAAAUGUCAACUUGAGCUUCACAAUAAUUGCCGUUAUUCUCUAUAACUACAUAGUGUAUAACGUGCUUACCAGGAUUUGGAAUAUCAAGAGAGAAACCUCAUCUCUUGGAAAAACAGAGAACGCAAAAGUGACCAUGAACUACAUCACAACAAUGUACGAGCUUGGCUUGACAGCGUUCAUGAGACGCAGCUUCGUUAGGAUCUGGAAUGCAUUGCAAGAUUACGAUGAAGAAAUUAGACAAUUGGGUCAUUCUCGUAAAGAGAUACGGACUGCAAUCGGCGCGUGGAUCCUCCUAAUUGUGAACUCAAUCAUCUGGAUUUCCAUUAAUCGUUCCGGCAUGUACGCUUUUGCCGAGAGUUGGACCUACAAUGUAGGAUACAUGUUGCCUUACAUCGGUACAUCAGUGGCUAUUUACAAGUUCGUGGCGGUGGCUAUUUUUCUAGGCCAACGGUUUCAUCAUCUUAAUACGAUUGCAACAAAAAAUCUACCGUCGGUGAGGGGCGACGGAACAGUCAUUAGCAAGCAGACGAUCCUGAGUCUGCACAAUGACUUGAUGAUCGCUGCGGAGAACUUGGAGUCGUUAUACUCGUGGUCGUUGUUCCUCUGGCUCGCUAAUCUAACCUUGCAUGCCGUCAGCAACCUAUAUUUUGUAAUCCAGUGGCUGCUCGUGAAGCCGUGGGAAGUGCAAUCAUGGCCGCUAGUCUUUUGCUUUUCCUCCUGGUUACUGGUGUUUCUCGUCCAGCUGUUUCUAAUCCAUAUUGCCUGUGACUUCGUCUCUUCUCAAGCUAGUUACAUAAGUGCGAUUUUGAUCGAAUGGCAAGCAAGAACGAUGAAAAAAAACGAGGAAGAGUACGAUGUCGAGACGUCAUUGCAAUUUCUAAACCGAAGGCUCAAGUUCUCUGCUGGUGGAUGUUUUAAUGUGAAUCUGCCGUUAUUACGUUCGAUCGCCUCAACGAUGACCACAUAUCUGGUCAUACUACUGCAACUUCAAUGAGAGUGUGCUGGCAAUAAAAGUGAGGGAAAUCUCAAGAUCUCUGUAUUUCAACUAUAAAUUUCUAACGUGUGAUCUAUUAAGUUGAUUCAUGUGAAAAAUGACGAUAUAAAAACAACAAUCUUUAAAUAAUAUUAGAUCAGAUAAAUAUAUAACAAACAAAAUUUAAUUAUGUUCUUCUUGUCAAAUGUUAUCAUCAAUAACAAUAUUCAUUUGCUUAAUUUUGUAAUGAAAUGGAUUGUGGAUAUAAGGAUAAUCGAUGUAUCAUUUUUUUUUCUGUGCAAUAAUCAGAAACUGGAGAGAUCUCUUUGCAUAAUAAUAAUAACCUUCUACGUUUUUAAAAAUUAACAUUUAAAUUUAAAAAUUGGCAUUUGAUUAAUUUGAUUAAGCCUCUUUAUUUCCUGUAAGGCUUUCGAAGCUCGUCGUAUCCGUUCAAUCACAUCCGCUUUAAACUACUUUCGCUUUACUCAGUAGUAGCAGAAUGUUGCGCUGCGAUGGUGAGGCUAUGCGCAACAGCAUUUGCAUGCGAAUUGUCUCCAUCACUGAUUACGGCAGUCUCUUUUAGAUUUAAUGCUCAAAAGUUGACGCGUUUUUCGAAAUACGUGCAAAACGAAUUUUUUAAACGAUCUCAUCAAAAUUGCACAAAAUCGUAAUUAAACAGCUGUACCUGAAAAGAUCUAUGAAAGUAAAAAUAUGUAAUUUUGUAUGCGAGUAACAAAAUAAAAAUUUAUAGAUAAUAGA